AUGGCGACCGUGCGGGCCGUUUUGGCUGUACUGCGGGGAGAGGGAUUGAAGCUUUCCAGCAGACGGACGCCGCUCCGACAGGUAUGUGUGCACCACUAUAGAUGUUGUAGUAAUGGUCAUUUUAUGAAGCCACAAUAUCCUAUAUUUAACAAGUCAUCUAUUCAAGUCUGCGUACAGUCAAGAUAUUUAAGAACCUCUGCUGCUGUUAAUGGUCAAGUUGUUCAGUUUAAACUUUCUGACAUUGGAGAAGGGAUUACAGAAGUUAAUGUGAAGGAAUGGUACGUAAAGGUGGGAGACACAGUAUCACAGUUUGACAGCAUCUGCGAAGUCCAGAGUGACAAAGCAUCAGUUACAAUAACCAGCCGAUACGAUGGUGUUGUUCGAAAAAUUUAUUACAAUGUGGAUGAUACUGCUUAUGUGGGCAAACCACUCAUUGAUAUCGAAACAGAAGCUAUAAAAGCUGUUGUUCCAGAACAAGAUGUUGUUGAAGCACCUGCGGUGCUGAAUGAGGAACAUACGCACCAAGAGAUAAAAGGGCAGAAAAUACUAGCAACACCUGCUGUGCGCCGACUUGCCAUGGAAAACAACAUUAAACUUAGUGAAGUGGUAGGAACUGGAAAAGAUGAAAGAAUUCUCAAAGAAGAUAUACUGAACUACUUGGCUAAGCAAACUGGUGCUAUUUUACCACCUUCACCUGAGAUUGUUCCACCUCCACCAGAGCCAACUUCACCCAAAGCUAAAGGGGCACCUCCUGUACCUAAACCAAUAACUCCAAAAAUAACAUUUAUGGAUAAAGAUAGAACUGAGCCAGUUAAAGGGAUCCGGAAGGCUAUGGUAAAGACAAUGUCUGUUGCACUGAAAAUUCCUCAUUUUGGCUACUGUGAUGAAGUAGAUUUAACUAACCUUGUAAAACUACGAAAAGAACUGAAAGCUGUAACUGAAGAUAGAGGCAUCAAACUUUCAUUCAUGCCAUUCUUUAUAAAGGCAGCAUCUUUGGGGUUGCUACAAUAUCCUGUUUUAAACGCUUUGUUGGAUGAAAACUGCCAGUUUAUAACUUAUAAGGCUUCCCAUAACAUUGGCAUUGCUAUGGAUACACAACAAGGUCUGAUUGUUCCAGUAGUAAAGAAUGUACAGAUUCUCAGUGUCUUUGAGAUUGCAGCAGAAUUAAACCGGCUGCUUACUCUGGGUUCAGCAAAUCAACUGGGAACAAACGAUCUUACUGGAGGGACAUUCACUCUCUCCAACAUUGGCACGAUUGGUGGCACCUAUGCUAAACCUGUUAUACUACCUCCAGAAGUAGCUAUUGGAGCAAUUGGAAAGAUACAGGUUCUCCCCAGAUUUAAUGACAAAGGUGAAAUAAUCCAGGCUCAGAUUAUGAAUGUUAGCUGGUCAGCUGAUCACCGGAUUAUUGAUGGAGCCACAAUGGCUCGUUUUUCAAAUCUUUGGAAAUCUUACUUGGAGAACCCUGCGUCGAUGCUGCUAGACCUAAAGUAACUGGAGGUGAUUGAUGCACAGCACUUACGACACGGCUUUAAGGAAAGGGCAUUGGGUGUAAUUUACAUGUAAUUAAGUGCUGUUGCAAUCUUCUCUAAUGUUUUGUAUUCCAAACAGUGAUAUAUCUAAACCACAUGGUGUUCUGUAGAUGGUAGGUUAGAGUUAUUUCAUUAAUACUAAAUGGCGGAAGGAAUACAAUUUGCGGAAGGUAAGAUUUAUCAUGAAUACUGGUUACAGUUGCAGCCUCUUUGAAGUUCUCUACAUACCUCUUCCCCUCCAAAGACUUGAACCCCAACAGAAAAAAAAAUGAGUAAGUCAUUGUGGAACUUUGACAAUGUUUUAAGUGCAUAAACAAAGACCAUGAUUCAGUAGAAACAAUUUCUUGUCUAGUGAUUGAUUCUUGAGCACUGAAAACUUCUGUAAGCUUUCAGAAUAUGCUCUGUCUCCUGUUACAUAAUGGAUGCAGAAGUUAUCCACUGCACAGUUUUACAACAGAUUAUGAACUAUUAGAAAUGUACAGAACCAUUUUCUUAAUCAUCUACAUUACUGUAUAAGUUAAUAACUCUGUAGUUUUAAAUUUUAGGAGGAAACAUUUAUAUGGUACUCCAAGGGUUAAUAUAGUGUUAUUAACCAGAUUGUUUCCAGGUUCUUGUGACAUGAAAAACACUAAAUAUAUAUUCCAAGUUGAAUUUUAAAAAGGUCCAAAGAUCAUGUGCAUAAUAUCUAUUUAAGUGUUCUCUAUAGGGUUAGUUGCAAUAAAUAUUUACUGUGAAAUAC